GAAAGCUGCCCGGGAAAGUGGUGGCGGGAGAGGGCCUGGGCCCGAGCGCCGUGGGCCUGGAUGCGGGUUGCAAGGCGCAGGAGGAGGAUGGCCAAAAUGACGGCCUCGGAUGAGAGUCUCCUCGCGCCGCUCUUGGAGACUUUGGAAGAUCACUCUGCCUCCUAUGGAGAGCAGACCGACGCUUACCUUACUCUGACAAGUCGUAUUACUGGAGAAGAUGGAAAAGAAGUCGUUAUAGAAAUUGAGAACAAACUUCCUCGGCUAUACGAAGUUUUACAGGCUCACAUUUCCAGUCAAAAUUCAGAGCUUAGUUGUGCUGCUCUACAGGCCUUGGGAUUUUGCUUAUAUAAUCCCAAAAUUACCUCAGGACUAUCAGAGAAAAAUAUUCAAGAACUGCUUUCAAAAUUGAAUGAUUUUGUUAUGAGUUCAGACAAAAAUGUAUGUACUAGGGCACUUUGGGUGAUAUCCAAGCAGACGUUUCCCACCGAAGUUGUUGGCAAAGUAGUAUCCAGUAUAAUCGAUUCAUUAGAAGUAGUAUUUAAUAGAGGAGAGAUGCAUUCUGCAGUUGUUGAUUAUGAAGCAUUAAAUGUCAUCAUAAGGCUAAUUGAACAAGCCCCAGUUCAAAUGGGAGAAGAGUCAGUCAGGUGGGCAAAACUGGUCAUACCUUUAGUUGUUCAUUCAGCCCAAAAGGUACAUUUGCGCGGAGCGACUGCCUUAGAGAUGGGAAUGCCAUUGUUGCUUCAGAAACAACAAGAAAUAGCAUCCAUCACAGAGCAGCUUAUGACUACUAAAUUACUUUCAGAACUCCAAAAGUUAUUUAUGAGUAAAAAUGAGACUUAUGUUUUAAAAUUAUGGCCUUUGUUUGUCAAACUUCUUGGGAAGACCUUGCAUCGAAGCGGGAGUUUCAUUAAUUCCCUAUUACAGCUGGAAGAACUGGGAUUUCGUAGUGGAGCACCCAUAAUUAAAAAAAUAGCUUUUAUUGCUUGGAAGAGUUUAAUAGAUAAUUUUGCAUUAAAUCCAGAAAUACUAUGUAGUGCAAAAAGACUGAAGUUGUUAAUGCAGCCUUUGAGUUCCAUCCACGUGAGAACAGAAGCAUUAGCACUAACCAAACUAGAAGUCUGGUGGUAUUUGCUAAUGAGACUUGGACCUCAUCUUCCUGCUAAUUUUGAACAGGUUUGUGUGCCUCUAAUUCAGAGCACAAUAAGCAUGGAUACUAAUGCGUCACCUCAUUCAUCUCGUGUAGCUACUUCUCCAAGCUUAAGUCCUAUGACUCCUCAACAUAAAGGUGCUUCCCCAUAUGGAGCCUCCGUAACCCCCCGGAUGAACUUGAGUUCGAAUUUUGGUGUAAUGGCCACAAUCCCCUCCAUUCAACUUUUAGGACUUGAAAUGUUACUUCAUUUUUUUUUGGGUCCAGAAGCUUUGAGUUUUGCUAAGCAAAACAAACUUGUACUGAGCUUAGAGCCACUUGAACAUCCGUUAAUCAGCAACUCUUCUUUUUUUUCCAAAUACGCAAAUACACUUAUCACUGCUGUUCAUGAUAGCUUUGUUGCAGUUGGAAAAGAUGCUUCUGAUGCAGUUGUCAGUGCUAUUUGGAAGGAGCUAAUUAACUUAGUGAAGUCAGUUAUUGAAUCAGGUAACAAAAAAGAGAGACCAGGUUCUGAGGUUUUGACCCUUUUAUUAAAAUCUUUGGAAACCAUAGUGAAAUCAGAAGUAUUUCCUAUAUCGAAAACACUGGUCCUCAUGGAAAUUACAAUUAAAGGACUUCCUCAGAAAGUAUUAGGUUCACCAGCAUAUCAGGUUGCUAAUAUGGACAUUCUUAAUGGAACUCCUGCUUUGUUUUUAAUUCAGUUAAUUUUCAACAAUAAUCUCUUGGGAUAUGGUGUAGAAGAUGAAAGGUUUUUUCUUAAUCUGGAAAUACUUGUAGGUUGUGUUCUCUCUGGUCCAACCUCACCACUAGCUUUCAGUGAUUCUGUUUUAAAUGUUAUUGAUCAAAAUGCAAAGCAGUUGGAAAACAAGGAGCAUCUCUGGAGAAUGUGGAGUAUUAUAGUCACCCCAUUAACUGAAUUGAUUAAUCAGACCAAUGAAGUAAAUCAAGGUGAUGCCUUAGAACAUAAUUUUAGUGCCAUCUAUGGUGCAUUGACUUUACCAAUAAACCAUAUUUUUUCAGUACAGAAAUUUCCAGUGGCCACCAUGAAGAUCUUGCUUAGAACUUGGUCAGAAUUGUAUAGAGCGUUUGCCCGCUGUGCUGCUUUAGUGGCAACUGCAGAAGAGAAUUUGUGCUGUGAGGAGCUUUCUUCCAAGAUAAUGGCCUGUUUGGAAGAUGAAGACCGUUCAAAUUUAUUAUUUUUGGAUAGAACCAUUCAUAUUAUUACUGUAAUGGUUGAUUGCAUCGACUUCUCACCGUAUGAUAUUAAAAUUCAAUCCAGAGUUAAAUCACUGAAGAGACCUUUGGAUUGGUCCAAAAAGAAGAAGGAGCCUCUGGGAAAAUUGGCUUCUUUAAUUAAACUUAUUGUGAGAGUCAUCUAUUCUUUUCACACUCUGAGCCUCAAGGAAGUACAUUCUGAUACUCUCGUCGCUGUUGGCAACUCAAUCACUGGCAUUCUUUCCAAUGUACUUGGACAUAUUUCUUUGCCCUCUAUGAUUCGAAAAAUAUUUGCAACUUUAACAAGGCCUCUGGCAUUAUUUUACAAAAACUCAAAGCUUGAUGAAGUUCCUAAAGUGUAUAGUUGUAUGAACAAUAAGUUAGAAAAGCUACUGGGAGAAAUUAUUACUUGUCUACACUUCAGCUACACUGGAACUUACGACAGUGAACUUCUUGAACAGAUCUCCCCAUUAUUAUGCAUAAUGUUUUUGCACAAGAAUAAACAGAUUCGAAAACAGAGUGCUCAGUUUUGGAAUGCCACAUUUGCUAAAGCGACGAUGUUGAUUUAUCCUGAAGAGUUAAAACCAGUAUUAAGACAAACCAAACAAAAAAUUUUGCUUUUGUUGCCUGGUUUGGAAAAUGUUGAAAUUUUGGAGGAAUCCAGUGGACCAUAUUCAGAUACAACAGAAAAUUCACAAUUAAAUGUGAAGAUAAGUGGCAUGGAAAGAAAGUCAAGUGGAAGAAGAGAUUCUUUUUUGACACAACCAAAGAGUACAAAGGAAAAGAUGAAAUCACCAGCCAAUUUGAAACUAGAAUCUUCAUCCCCCAAAGCAAGGAGUGAAAUGCCUUUGGAAGAAGAAAAGUCUACUGAGUUUGUGUUUAUACCUCCAGAAGGAAAAGAAGCAAAGGAAAGAAUACUAACUGAACAUCAGAAAGAAGUACUCAAAACGAAGAGGUGUGAUAUUCCUGCCAUGUAUAAUAAUUUGGAUAUUUCACAAGAUGCAUUAUUUUCUCAGUAUAGUCAGGAAGAAUCUAUGGAAAUUCCUGGUUUAGCUGAAAAAUCAAAGGAAGAUUCCAAGAUGAUACUUAAGGAGGAACAAAUGAAGAGUGACAUUGUCAUUACUCAAGAUGCUACAGAAAAGUGUGGUAUGGAAGAACAUCUUGAAAAGACUUCCCUUUCAAAUAAUGAGUGUGGUUCUGUUGAGGAAACCAGUCUAGGAAUACUAAGUAGUAAUAACGAUGCCAGGAAAAAAGCUUUAAUUUCCUCAAAGAAUAUGUCAACUGAAUGUGUAUCUAGUGCAGAAAACACUUUUGGUGUCAGCUCAGUUUCUAAGGCUACCAUUUCUGGAACUCUGCCACAGCCUACAAGUCGAAGGCAAAACUUCAUUACGUUGGAAAAGUUUGAUGGUUCAGAAAAUAGACCUUUUAGUCUGUCCCCCUUGAAUAAUAUGUCAUCAGCUGUUAUGGUGAAAAAUAACCAGGAAGGCAUGACUAAAACAGACAUUCCACUAAAAUCAAAGAAAAGAGAAGUGGCUCUUUCAAAAUCUGACUGUGAAAAAAUAGUGCAUGGAAAUAAGCGAACAGGCCUAAGGUCAAGUAAAGCUGAACAAACAGAGAAUGCAAGGUCUAAGCUCUUAAUGAGAUCUGAUAAGGAGAAAAAUACUCAGGAAUCUAUUGAAGGCAUGGUAGCCUUAGAAAAUAACCCAGCUGGUUUGCUUAAUCAAACAGAAAGUGUGUUAGAUAAUCAGGCUUAUGUCCCUGAAUCAGCAGUGGAACGUGAGGAUGCAAUGCUUAAACCAACAACACUAGAAAGUGCUGUAUUAGAAAACACUACUGUAGGGGAGAAAACCUUAGGAAGUAAUUUGGAAUCCAAAGAAAAUACACCCCCAGCCAUAAUACCAUCAGAUCAAAUGGUAAAUGAAGAUAGUCAUGUUCAGGUAACUCCGAAUCAGAAAACCCUUAGACGAUCGUUAAGGCGACGUUCAGAAAUAGCAGAGGCUACCACAGAUAGCCAAGAUAAAGAAAAUAAUCACCAAAAAAAGGAAAGACGUAAGGAAGAAGAAAAGACUCUUCAGAAGAGUCCACUACAUGUAAAAGAUGAUGUGUUACCUAAGCAAAAACUGAUUUCUGAACAAACUGUACAGGAAAAUUUAAUUGAGAAAGAUACUUUACAUGAGAAGACUUUUGGGGAAACCAGCACUAAUGUUGACAUUGACAAAAAUAAAAGAAAGCCAGACCUUGAGAAUAUUAAAUCUGAGGGAGAUGUUGCCCAGGACAUUGCAGAUAAGUCCUUUGAGAAACCGGUAAGGGGACGAACACGGUAUCAAACAAGAAGAGCAUCCCAGGGCUUACUUUCCAGCAUUGAAAACUCCGAAUCUGAUAGUUCUGAGGCAAAGGAAGAAGGUUCUAGAAAGAAGAGAUCUGGAAAAUGGAAAAACAAAAGCAGCGAUAGUGUUGACAUUGAAGACAAAGAGGAGAAAAUGGAAAAACAGGAAUGUAUAAAAAUUGAAAAUCAGACACAUGAUUGUAAAGCAAAUUCUGAGGUGGACACAAAUAUAAAAUCUCAGAUUUGUGAAAAAGAGGAAAGUAAAACAGAUCUUCAAGAUACUAUUCUACCUUCUGAUUUAUUGCAAGUUUGUGAUAUAUCAAAUACUUAUGAAGGAAAAAGUAAAACCAACAAAUGUGCAGAACAUUCCUUUUCAAAUUCUCCAUCAGAAUUAAAUCUAAGGACUAGAAAUGCCAAUAAGAGAUUACAUAAGCGAGAUUCCAUAGAAAAUAACAGUGUAGAGGAAUGCUCAAAAAUAGGGACAAUAGACAUUUCUUUGGCCUCUGAGAAAACUUUUCAAAAACCUGAGUGCCGACACAAGAGAAGUAGGAGGGUCAGAAGAUCUAAAGGUUGUGAUUGCUGUGGAGAAAAAUCACAGCCUCAAGAAAAGUCACCCCUUGGGUUAACUAAUACAGAAAAUUACAAUGUAAAGGUCAGUGAAACCAAAAAGGUAGAUGUGCAAACAAGCCUGACUGUAUCACAGACUUACAAAGCUGAUGUAUACUCUGAGGCUAAACUUUUAGAUGAGCAUCAUAGUGUGAAUUUUCAUUUGGGUCUCAAGGAGGAGAAUGAUACUAUUAAUGAUUCAUUGAAUAUACAUGAAACUGAGUUGGAAGAAAAUAAUAUUCAGGACUCUAUUCCUUCUGAAAUAAUAAGUUUUAAAGAAGAAGCCUGUGAUACAAAUUCCAAGGAAGCAGUAUCUAUUGAAAGCCAAGAGCCAUCCAAUAAAAAAUGUAAAACUGUUGACCCAUGUUUAGGUGAUUCCAAAGAUGAUUCACUGGAAUGUUCUACCUUGGAGACCAAAGAAAAGGACAUAAGUACAGAAAACAUUGUUAACGUUGAAGCAGAUGCAUGUAAAGUAAAAGCAGCAUUCAGUUCAGAAGAAGUAGAAGCUAUGGAAUUGGAUGUGGAAUGUGAUAAUAGAUCAGAAACUAGCAUCUGUGAACAAAAGAAUGCCAAAACCGAUAUUUUUGAGGAAGAGGCAACAGAGGAAAAGAGUAAAAGAAGUGAUGGACCUGAAGCAGAUGCAGCUGAAGUACUGAAUGCUGAAGAAACAGUAAGUGAGGAAUUUAAUCCAGCUAUUGGUCAUCCUGAUAGUGCCAUGCCUGUAAAAGCAAGAGCUCAGGUAGAGGUUUCUGAACAAACAGCAGUUGGAGGACCCGAUGGAGGAAAUGAUGAACCCGAUCCGGGCUCACUUGAAGAAAUGAAAGCUGAAAUGGAAAACAGUGAAGAAAGAGUGGUUGGUGAGGUAAAUGCUGAAACUGACCAUGUUAGUGAAAUGGAGAAUAGGGACUUGACCUCAGAAACAUCAAAGCCUAUAGAAGCCAGAACAAACAGAUUGAAUGUAGAAAGUGACAACUUUGUUCCUAACACCCUUGAGACAAGCACUGAAGAAGGAAAGGUUAACUCUAAUAAAAUUGAAACAAACAUUGUACUUAAUAAACCUGAAGAAACAAAAUUAGAUGACAGUCAAAUGAAAGUGGGAAAUGAUGGUGAAAUUUUACAGGAAGUUCACCAUACUACAGAGAAAGCGAAGGAAACAUCACAAUCUCUGACAUCUGAAAGAGCCAUCUCUGAACUGAUACCAGAAGACAAUAAUACAUCUCCUCAGAAAUUAAGCGAAUUUGAUCCUUUACUUUUGUCAGCAACUAACAGUCCUAGUAGCAUGCACACACGCUGUUUCUGGUCUCCUUCGGCAUCUCCAUCCAGCAGCAUUUUAAAGAGAGGACUAAAAAGACCCCAAGAAGAUGAGAUCUCAUCGCCUGUUCACAAGGUUCGCCGUGUCUCAUUUGCAGAUCCAAUAUAUCAAGCAGGAUUGGCAGAUGACAUUGAUAGACGAUGUUCUGUUGUUAGGGCUCAUUCUUCAAAUAGUUCUCCCAUAGUAAAAAGUGUUAAAACUUCACCUACUGCGCAGUCUAAGAAUAAUACUACUUCAAGCAAAGGAUUUCUGUUCCCAGGAUCACGUAGCCCUAAAUUUAAGAGCUCAAAGAAGUGUUUAAUUACAGAAAUGGCUAAAGAAUCCAUACCAUGCCCAACAGAAAGUAUUUACCCAGCUUUAGUGAACUGUAUGGCACCAGUUGACAUCAUUUUACCUCAGAUUACAUCAAACAUGUGGGCAAGAGGACUGGGACAACUCAUUAGAGCCAAGAAUAUAAGAACAAUUGGUGAUUUGAGUACUCUUACAGCAUCUGAAAUAAAAACUCUUCCUAUCCGUUCUCCAAAAGUGUCCAAUGUAAAAAAGGCUCUCAGAGUAUAUCAUGAGCAACAGGUGAAGUCUCGUGGAUUAGAAGAGAUUCCAGUUUUUGAUAUUUCUGAAAAAACAAAUGGAACUGAAAAUAAACCUCUCUCUUCUGAUGAAGAAAGACUUGCCUCAGAUUUAAUUGAUCCUGUUGCUUUAGAAACUCCAAUAUCUAAAAAUCUUGUGGCACAGGUUAGUGCACUUGCUCUUCAGCUGGAUUCAGAGGAUCUCCAUAAUUACUCAGGAAGCCAGUUAUUUGAAAUGCACGAGAAACUUGGUAGCAUGGCAAACUCUAUAAUAAAAAAUCUUCAGUCACGCUGGAGGUCACCAGCCCAUGAUAAUGCUAUUUAAUAUUUUAAGAGAAAAUUGAAGGCUUUUUUUUUAAUAUCACUGAAUUUCUUGAUUCAUAAAAUAAGUUUUGAAAUGUAGCACAAUUUCAGACUCAACAUUUGCAAAAUUGGUAACAUUUUAGAACCUGAAGGGCAAUGACUUAUGUAAAUUCAUUAUGUAAGGUC